UACGCUCACACAAAUACGUCAGUUAUCCCUGGCAUUUGAUAACCUAGAAUUUCGAAUUGUUUACAAUAGAAUAUUUAUAGAUGUGAUGGCUUUGAACGGGUUCCUCGAGUUCUUCCAAAAGGAGAAGACGUUCCGACCGAAAAAACGGUUCACCAAAGGCACGAUACGGUACAGUUUGCACAAACAGGCGCAGGCCAGCCUGAACUCCGGCAUUAACCUGAGGUCCGCCGUUAAAUUGCCCGAAGGGGAGGAUUUGAAUGAUUGGAUAGCUGUGCAUGUUGUGGACUUUUUCAACCGGAUAAACUUGAUUUAUGGCACCAUUUCGGAGUACUGCACCCCGCAGACGUGCCCCACAAUGUCAGGUGGUCCCAGGUUUGAGUACUUGUGGGCUGAUGGUGAUAAAUAUAAAAAGCCCACCCCAUUGCCGGCCAGGGAGUACAUCAGCAACCUGAUGGACUGGAUAGAAUUGCAGAUCAACAAUCAGGCACUGUUUCCUUGCACCUCGGACAUGCCUUUCCCAAAGAACUUCUCUAGUCAUUGCAGUAAAAUCCUUGCAAGGCUUCACAGGGUUUUCGUCCAUGUUUACAUACACCACUUCCAAAACAUUGUCACAAUUGCUGCAGAGGCACAUGUCAACACCUGCUACAAACACUUCUAUUAUUUCGUAACGGAAUUCGACUUGGUGAGCAGGAAAGAGCUGGAACCGUUGUCAGAAAUGGCAUCCAGAAUAUGUAAAGACUAACGUCUUGUCCACCACUAAUAAUCCUAAUCAAUUAACAAUAAUAGCUAGACUGAUUUUUAAUCUAAGCAACAAUUUUGAAUAGACUUCCCGUCAAUUGGUGAACAAGUACAAAGUACUUAAGGGUUUUAGAUGUUUUACGUUUGCUGCUGUUUAUUUAAUUGCGGUUUUUGCUGUUCUAAUCAAAAUUGCUUGUCACCUAAACCAGUUUUAUAACAUUUUUAUUACGUAUUGUCAACUUCUAUAUACUAGAUUAUAUAUUAAGAUUGCACAAAUUGAUUUAAAUUAUAUAUUUCAUAUACUUUAUGAAAUAUUUUAAUGGAUAUAUUUAUUUACUCUAAUAUAUAUUUACAAUUAUAUCUGUUAAUUUAAUGCUCAUUGUAUUGUGUUUGUAUUUUGUUAUAGUAAUUUGUUCUCUAAAGUAUUGUUCCCACUAUUCUGAUGUGACAAAAGGGUUGUUUUAAAUUUAUAUUGUAGGUUUAUUAUGCCAAAUAAUGAUUGUAUUUGCAAUUUUCUGUUGUACACUAAUUAUGCAAUUUGUUUUGUUUAGUUACCUGAUUCACAAUAAAAUAAAAUAAUACAA